UCAGGGGUACACACUAAUACUCGAUCCCUUUGACUGAGGCACAGCGCCUAUCGUACAAUUUAAAUGCUUCAGAAUAAACCAGAAACGUCGUUGACACCUCAUAAGAUAUUUUUUUCCUUUUGUAUCAGAAACACUUGUCAAAUCCUCCGUCUUAAUCUAGUUUUUUGUUCCAGGAAGUAUAUUUCUGGAACUUUAACUCGUUUCCAUGGACAUUACAUUUCUCACACUCAUCAGCUACACGAGGCGACCUUUACUUCCUUCACAAUUACUUUUUAAGGUGGCAUGAGAUUCAGUGCUUUCUUGUCUCUUCCUCCGGAAAAUCAACUUCCCACCUACCCACUGCACGUACGCCCAGCACAAAGUCACAAGCGUCGCGCUGUCAUUUGGUGUUCAGGGUAUCGUAGUGCUGUAUUUCCCGUUGCCAAAUCAUCUGUGCAAACAUCUCUCUUUCCUGAAAACCGUACGCGUGCAAACCAUGUCAGCCAUUAUGUGACAGUUUGCGAGCAGGCACUUCAUCGAAAUGGUGACUGGGGUCUCGCAAGCCGUGGCCACAGUUUGCCUCGUGGUAAAUCUUCUCAUCCAUGGAGCAAGCUCGCAGAGUCUUAUGCCGGUUGGGGACCCACCACCGCAGCCUGUCGCACAGGCCCAGACGAACGGGGACUGCUUCACCUUUCACCUUCGGGUGGAGACCAACGAGACAGACUAUUUCUACACAUGCUGUGACAGGAUAGGUGGUGUCACCAAAAGAACAGACAGGGAAAUUAAGGUACCAACCUUCAACUACGAUUGCAAUCCAUUCCGGCUGAACAGAACUGCACUUUCACGACAGCCAGGUUUUGCGUGCAACGACAAGGAGAAGGCAGAAAAACUGUGCAAUCGCCGUUGGGGGUGGCUGAGUACUGACGAUUGUUGGGUGUGGUCAGCGUGUUUCGUUGAGGCCUGCAGAUUGGAGUCGGCAGCAGCAGAGCUGUCAUGCGGAGACGGCCAGUGUGAUUUCCAAGAGAGUACGGCUAGCUGUCCGCUUGACUGUUGCCCCGGGGAAAACACAGAAUGCAUUAUCAAGAAUAGUACCUGUUCCAAGUCCUGCUGCGCUGAAUCCACCUGUUGCCAAGGAGACGGUCAGGCAGUCACUGCCUCUUCACAGACCUUCUGGUUGAUCGUAGGCUCGGUAAUCGCUGCUGUAUUGUGCCUGCUGUACUGCUGCUGUUUUUGCUGUUGUUGCUGCUGCAGAAAGCUGUUCAACAGCAUGUUCCAUUCGUCAAAGAAGAGGCGACAUUCCAUCAUUAUAUCGGGGGCAGGGGCACACUAAAUGGGUAGACGUAUAAAAUUAGCUAGAAACUUUAAAAACAGACCAGGUAUGGUACCUGAAAAUCAUCCAGCCGACGUGUCAACCCAACCACAGUAGCUUUACAAGUUGCCUGUGAGCACUUCGUCUGGCAAGGCCAUCAUUCUUCAGAACAUUGCACAAAGUGUGGCAGGAACAUUGUUAUAUGUUGACGACAAGUUGAAUUGUGGAUCUCAAAUUUAAGAAGCUUCCAUAUUUUCAACAGCAUUUUUAGGAGAAAAGUUUAUUUUUCAAGUCGUAAUUUCAACAUAGUACCGUCUUAAAACUCUUCCCGAACUCCAAGUUGUAACCAUCAACAAAGAUUUAAACUACUUUUCGAUUUAAAUGUAAAAAAAAUCAAAUUUCACGUUAAUGUGAAAGAUGUGUUUUUCCUAUAUAAAGUAUUUUUGUAAAUAUAAAAUUAGUUUUAACUUUGGAUAAAAUACAGUUAAUUGAAUGCUGUACAUAUACUUCUACAUCGAAGUUUUAUACAAACUUGUCAUUUUGCUUGCAAAAUAUGGAUAAUUUGUUUACCCAUUAUUUGCUUAAAACCAGUGACCACUGCCAAUAUGUUCUGGUUUAAUACUGAAUAGUAGGUUCAGAUAUGCUGUAAAUUAUGUGUAAAUUAGUUUGUGUAGAAGCCGCAGACGCGCGCAAAGCUUUGAAAAUGGCUUGGAGUUUCCUGUGUCGUCCACUUUGGUUUUAUGCAGAUUACCAGUGGGUUGAUUUGGGGGUGCAGGUCUACUGAAAUGAAGAGAGAAGCAUUAGAUAUGUUCAGAAGUAGAAAGUGAAAUAAGAGACGCUAAAAUGUGCCAAACACGCAUACACAAAACUAAGGAACGCCCAGUUUAUGUCAUGGUUUUUCAGAUCGCCUAUAAAUCUUAAACUUAAUACUUGUGAGGAGUAUAGAAGUAUGGUCGGAAAGAAACAGGAAUGGAUUGUAACGCUAAAAAAAGGCUAAAUGACUUGUAGGAUAGAUUUGAUUUGAAAUUCAUUCCUUCAAUAAACAACCGUAAAUACGUCA